ACAGUGUGAUUAUUAUAUAAAGUCUAACUCUUCACACUAAUUGAAAGGUCCACAAGGAAAGCUGCACUAACUAAAACCAAUGUUUUCCAAAGUCAAGGUCAUCCUGCCCCACACGUAUAGUAGCUGUUUUGUUUUGAACCAAGAACUUGCAAGAUAGACCAGAAAGCUAUGACUCUUAUAGUCAGUCUUUUCUUCAAAUUUCUUCUUUGAAGUUUCUCCUUUUCCACACAAAUGCUUUAGAAUUUUCUUUUACAUAAAUCUAUAUAAAACCCAAAGCUAUACCUCUUCCAUUGCAAGGCCCAAAGAAAGACAGGAGGAUGAAGAUGAUGAUAAGUGCUAACUUGUUAUUGUUUCUUUUGAUAGAUUUUGCAUCAAGUGCAGUGAAUUCUCAGUUACUUUUCCAGGGAUUCAAUUGGGAGUCAUGGAAAAAGGAAGGAGGGUGGUAUAACUUUCUGAAGGAUCAUGUGCCAGAUAUUGCUGCUGCUGGAGUGACUCAUGUCUGGCUUCCUCAGCCUGCCCAAUCUGCUGAUGAUGCUCCGCAAGGUUACAUACCAGGAAGGCUAUAUGAUCUGAAUGCAUCAAAAUAUGGGAACCUUAAUGAGUUGAAAUCCCUUCUUGAUGCACUGCACAGCAAACAAAUCAAAGCUCUAGCAGACAUUGUCAUAAACCACAGAUCUGCAGAUAACAGCUGCAACUUUGAAGGAGGUACUUCAGACACCCGCCUUGACUGGGGGCUGCCGAUGAUUUGCCGUGACGAUACAACAUGCAGUGGCACUGGGAACCUAGACACCGGAGAAGGCUUUGGAGGAGCUCCGGAUAUUGACCAUCUCGACAUCAGAGUGCAAAAUGAGCUCUCAGACUGGUUGAAUUGGCUAAAAUCUGACAUUGGUUUUGAUAGUUGGAGGCUAGAUUUUGCCAAGGGAUACUCAGCAGAUAUUGCAAAGAUAAACAUCAAUCGAGCAAAGCCGGAUUUCGUGGUUGGGGAGAUUUGGAACUCAUUGGCAUAUGAUGGUUCAAAGCCUGUAUACGAUCAAGAUGCACAUAGGAAUGAUUUGCAAAGGUGGGUGAAUGCAGUGGGUGGUCCUACAACUAGGGCAUUUGAUUUCACAACAAAAGGCAUCCUUAAUUCUGCAGUCCAAGAUGAAUUAUGGAGAUUGAAAGAUUCCAAUGGGAAUCCACCAGGAUUUAUUGGGAUUUCACCAGAUAAAGCAGUCACCUUCAUUGAUAACCAUGAUACCGGCUCUACUCAGAACCAAUGGCCCUUCCCUUCCGACAAAGUUAUGCAGGGCUAUACUUACAUUCUUACACAUCCUGGGAUUCCAUCUAUUUUCUAUGACCACCUCUUUGACUGGGGCUUGAAGGAGCAAAUAACUAAAUUGGCAACAAUCAGGAUCAGGAAUGGGAUCACUCCAAGAAGCAGUGUCCGUAUCAUAACUGCUGAAAAUGAUCUCUACUUGGCAGCAAUUGAUGAGAAAAUUAUUGCUAAAAUUGGAUCUAGAUAUGAUGUAGGUAAUCUAGUUCCUUCAAAUUUUCAAAUUGCAACAUCAGGGAAUGACUAUUGUGUGUGGGAGAAAACUUGAUUAUUGCAUAUUAUGGUGAUACUUCUUUUGUCUUGUGCUUGUCUUUGAUCAUAUAAAUAAAGUUCCUCUUCCAUA